AUGACUUUCAAAGAAUAUCCACAGCUUAUUUUAAUUAAUUUUGCAUCAUUAUUUUAUGUUUGUAAAAUUUUUGGCAUUAUACCACAUUCAUUUUCGGAAUAUCAUCGUUCUAAAAGAUUAAUUAAUUCUUUAACAAUUGUCAUUGGUUUAGUAUUAAAUUAUAUAAGUCCAAUAAUGAUGGCUAUUGAUUUAUUUGCAUGGGUUUAUAAUCGACAAAAAAUUAUUGAUUUAUUUGAUGAAUUUAAUUUAAUGGAUAUUAAUUUAUUUAAGCAGGGUAUUACAGUUAAUAAUAAUAAAAUGCGUUUAAGAAUAUUAAUAUUGAUUGGUUUCACAUUUAUUAGUGAAGUAACAAUAACAUUUUUAACAUAUUACAUAUUUGAUGCAUUAACAAUAUCAUAUUUUAUAUCAUUUUUUCCAACAUUUUUGAGUGCAUUAGAUAAAAUAUGGUUUUCAUCAUUAUUAUUGGCAUUAAGAGAAAGAUUUUCAUCAUUAAAUAAUUAUAUUGAUCAAACAGUUGAAGAAUAUAAUAAAUUAAGAAAAAUUAAAGAGAAUAUUGAAGGUUUUAAUAAUGAAAUGAAAAAUUUUGGUUAUUUACAUAAAGAGAUUUUAACAAGAAAUAUUGCAUUUGGUAAUAAUAAUAAUAAAAUAUAUCCGACAACAAUACCAGCAACAGGAGUAGGAAUUGGUGCAGGAAUUGGAUCGGGAGCACGAGCAGGAGCAACAACAAUACAUGCUGGUACUAUAGGAACAGAUAAAAAUUAUAUUUAUGGAAGAAAUGAUAAACCAAUAAUACCUGUAAUUCCAUGGAAUGAACGAAUUCCAUCAGAUGAACCGAAAAUUCGUAAAGCAAAUAAAUUAACAAUAUUACAAUCAAAAGAGAAUAUAUUAAAUGAUUUAGAAAAUUUAGAAGAUAAAUUAAAUAAUUUAUGUCGAUUACAUGAUGAAAUGUGUGAAAUGGGUAAAAAUAUUAAUGGAAUGUGGAGUAUUCAAAUGCUAUUAUUAAUGGCAUAUGGUUUUAUGAGUAUUACAGCACAAUUUUAUUUCUUAUAUUGUUCCAUAACAAAACAGUCGGUUCCACAAUUAUUUAUAUCAUCGGAAAAUUUAUGGCUUUCUUGUAUAUUUGUAAUAUAUGUUGCAAUGAAAUGUGUUUAUGUAAUAUUUUUAAGUUGGCAAACAAGAAUUGAAGCACGACGUACUGGUGUAUGCGUACAUAAAUGUGCUUUAGCAGUUGAUGAUAAUAAUAUUUAUGAAAUUGUUAAUCAUAUUUCAUUAAAAUUAAUGAAUCAUGCAAUUGAUUUUACUGCAUGUGGUUUCUUUAAUUUGGAUAUGACAACAUUAUAUGCUGUUACUGGUGCAAUAACAAGUUAUUUAAUAAUAUUAAUACAAUUUAAUUUGGCUGGUAAACAAAGUCAAACACAAAAAACAUCAAAUGAUGUUGCAAUAUCAACAACAACAACAGAAUUUCUAACAAAUAUUACAACAACAGCUUUAACAACAUCACCAAGUCCAUCUGGUAUAAGUGUUAUGUUGGGAAAUAUAACAACAAGUACAACAACUCUUAAACCUCGUACUUAAAUUUGAAAAAAAAAAUAAAUAAAUUAAA